AGGUACAUAAUGGUGAAGGAACACAAUUGCCUUGUGGAUAUCACUAACAAGACGCAAUUUUCUAUGUCGUAUAUGGAAGAAUGGUACGACAGCGGACGACUCGCGGAUGGUUUCAGGUGGCCGAAAACAAUUAACGCCGGCGAGCAUCAAAAGGUCCUCAACUACGAAAGAGACUGGUCAAUGGCAGGAUGUUCAGGGUACGUUACCUAUAAGAUGAAUAACACCAACGUCACUAUUGCUUUCUCCAAUCCAUCUGUAGGAGUCAACAAGCUUGGAGUGGGGACUGGUGGAAUGAAGGUGUGGGAUGACAUGGACAACCAUCGUUACCAAAGUUUUACCGAAAAAAUAAAUUGCCCUGAUGGAGUUAUUUUAUCAUGCAACUGCGAGUGCACCGGCGGAAACACCAACACUUGUAGUGUCUACCUGGCAGAAAUGAAUUAAGAAGCAACUGCAUAUAACAACAGAAUGCGAGCAGUCUAUUGACGAAUGCGAGAAUGGAACUUCCCACCGAAGAAUUGUAACAGGAACUUCAAUUGAUCAUUUCAAACCUGGCGUUAUAUGAUUUUGUAGAUAGAUUUUAUUAGGUACAGUUUUUUCAGUAAAUAGUUGCGAUGCUUUUUCAUAAUUUUUACCAACUUAAUAAGGAUUAGCUGUGAAUGUGAAUCCUAUAAUUAAUUUUUCCACCAUUUUUUUUUCCAUUGCUCAUUAGUUUUCAGUUUUAUUCUCUCUGAUCAGUUUGCAGUACUGUGAGUGGUUAAAGUGAUGCUGUUGUGGUACGUGUGCAAACUUCUAAGCAAUAAAAAUUAAACUGUGCAUUCAGCUA